UUUAUGGUGUUAUAAAUAUUAACAGGUUAGGAAAUUAGAACUCAUGUUUUUAAACGAGAUAGAAAGUAAAACAUCAUUUUAAAGGCCAAUACAUUAGAUUGUGGAGUAAGUGAGAGAUAUAGGCUCCAGCCCGUGUUUUCGUGUUGAUGUGCAGUAAUCAGAGGAAUGGAUAAUAGUUGUUGGAGUCCUCAUGCCAUGCUGGGCCAGAGGCUCAGCUAGACAUGUAUUUACCCAUAUCCGGGUUAGAGAGGAAAGGAAAGUUUGAUUUUUAAAACAGAUCUGGAGAAACUUUUCUACCUAUUUAAAAAAGAGGAAUAGAAAAUAGAAUUUAAUAUAUUAUUAUAAUCACCAUGCAACAAAAGAAAGUGUGAGCCUAUUUUUCUUUUGCUUUCAAACUGGAGGAGGACAAGUUUUUUUUCCCCUUUUAAUAAUAUUUAAUGAUCGGGUGUAAAAGGAAGAGAAGAAGCAGACGUGUCUGUCUCUCCCUGCUCUCUGACUGAUUUUCUGAGAGAUGAUCAUGGCCGCUCAAGUAGCAGCAGCUCCGGCCAACAGUAGCAGCAACGGUAGUAGCCCCGGCCUGAGCAGCCGCGACCCAGACAGUAUCAACAACGGAAAACCGGCGGCGGCGGCUCCGGGAGGAGGACUCGGCGGUGACGGCGGAGAUCCCAGUGGCGGCGGCUUGAGCCUGAACAGCGUUGAUCAUCAUCACCAUCCUCGCCACCACCAUCACCACCACCACCAUCACCUCCACCUUCCCCACCAGCAGCAGCACCACCACGGCGAGCUCAACAUGGCCAACUCCUCGGGGCCUGGCCCCGGUCCGGCUAACAACAACAGCGGCGGCGGCGGCGGCAGCGGCACUGCUGGAGGCUCGGGGUCGGCCUCGUCCAACCCCAACCCUGAGCCAACGCACAAAGAACCCGCCUCGGCCUCGCCUUCCUCGGCGUCCACCGCCUCCUCCUCAUCUUCGGCCGCCAGUGAGGCGGGGAUAAUUUCUAAUCACAAACUGAAACCCACCGGCGCUGAGUUGUUGCUUCCUCCCCAUCACCAAGGAGAAGGAGGCGGCGGGGUAGAGACUCAACAUGGAGGCGGUGGUGGUGGUAAAGACAACAUCUUGUUAACCGCUGACAACCAGGGAAACAACAAGGCCGACGACCAAUUGCUCAAAAUGGGUGAUCAGCGAUAUGAGCACCCGGCAGCUGCGGGCUCCAAUACCCAAACGGAGCCGGCUCCUGGCCUCCCCGAUUAUAAUCAUUAUUACCGGGCGGCGGCAGGAACAGGCCCCGGUCCCGGACCCUACUUCGAUCAACAUGGCGGACAACAAAGCCCGGGGCUUGGGCUUCAUCCUUCCAGCAGCUUGGAGUUAAGCGCCAGCCCGCUACACAACUCUCACGACAGCUAUUCAAACAACUACAACCAUUACUCGGGCUACAGGCCGGCCUACAGUGGCCCUGGCUACAGCUUGAUGAACUCGCCCAGGGCCAACAAUAUGGGAUCCGGUGGGGCCACCAACAGCGGCCACCAUCAUCACCAUCACGGCAAGCAACAGCCGCCUCUGGCCGGGGCAUUUCAGCGCUACUCGAGCCAAAACCAGCAUUCGGGGGCCACACCAACCCUCAACCAGCUUCUGACCUCCCCCAGCCCCAUGAGGGGAUAUGGCUUUUCGGACUACAGUAAUCCUGGUCCUUCGCAGUCCUCGCUGAAAGGGAACGACAUGAGCAGUCAGUACGGAAUAGGGAGCAGCCAAGCCUGGGGAGGCGGAGGAGGAGGAGGAGGUGGUGGCGGCGGCGGCGGUGGAGCAGCGGCAGGACAAGCCCGCAGCCACCCAGCCAUGAGCCCUGGCAGCUCGGCGCAGCCUCUAGGCAGGACACAGGGCAACCCAAUUGAACAAAUGGGUAUGAAGAGACCUCAGCUAUACGGGAUGAACAACAAUCCUUAUUCACAGCAGCAGCAUCAACAGCAGAGUGGACCUUACCCUGGGCAGUCAUAUGGACCUCCUACACCACAACGUUAUCCAGUAACCAUGCAGGGCAGAAAUCCAAGUAACAUGGGAGGAAUGCAAUACUUACAGCAACAGAUGCCCCCUCAAUAUAGUCAGCAGGGUAUGACUGGUUACUGCCAACAGGGCCAACAGCCUUACUAUAAUCAGCAGCAGCAGCAACAACAAUCUUCAUACAUGCAACAAGCACAGCAGAGGUACCAACCCCAACAGCAACAGGAUAUAUCUCAGGAAGGCUAUGGAGCUCGCACUGUGCCGCCAUUGACACCUAGCAAGCCCAACCAUGAAGAUUUGAACUUGUUACAGCAGGAAAGACCAUCAAGUUUGCCUGAUUUAUCUGGAUCCAUCGACGAUUUACCAACAGGGACAGAAGGUACACUAAGUUCUGGAGUGAGUGCUUCAGGAUCCUCAAGUGGCCAAGGAGAACCAAGUAAUCCUGCACAAUCUCCCUUCUCCCCUCAUGCUUCUCCUCACCUGUCUGGUAUCCGGGGCCCCUCCCCCUCUCCAGUUGGUUCUCCUGUUGGAAGCAAUCAGUCCAGGUCUGGACCCCUGUCCCCAGCAGGUGUACCAGGAGCUCCAAUGCCAGCUCAACCUCCCAAUAGCCAAUCAGAUGCUAGUUCUCAUCCUAUCAUGAGUCAGUCACCUAUGUCACAGGAUCGAGGUUUUAUACCAGGUAUGCAAAGAAACUCUCAAAUAUCUCAGUACGGUUCUCAGCAUUCUGGUCCUCCGAUUUCUCCGCAUCCAUCACCUGGAGGGCAAGUGCAACCUGGUACAGUCCCUUACCAGCAAAGCAAUUCCAGCAGCACUUAUGGUCCUCAAAGCGGGCAAUAUGGACCACAAGGUUGUGCCAUGCCAGUUAAAAGAAAUGGCAGCACUCAUGGAUCGGAAGGAAAGGACAGGGGCACUGUCGGUCUCGAUGUAGUAAAGAUCGUCGACGGAAACCCUGGAGGUAAUUAUCCAAGACCGCCAAAUUAUGGUGUAAUACCGAGCACCAACUACAGUGGUCCAGGCCCAGGCAUGGGUAGCAACAUAAGUGUGAAUAUGAGUAACCAGAUGCAUGGUCAGGGUCCAGCUCAACCUUGCAGUAACAUGACUAUGGGGAGAAUGCCAUCAUCAGGGAUGUCGAACUGGCCGUACUCUGGCAACAUGGGAAAUAUGACCCCAAACUCUCCAAACAUGUCACAGCAGGUUGGCGCAGGAAUGGGUCCACCCAUGGCAACUGUAAAUCGCAAGGCGCAGGAGGCUGCUGCUGCAGUGAUGCAGGCUGCAGCAAACUCUGCUCAAAACAGGCCACCGUAUAUUAGGUCGCCUGGUUUUCCCAGUCAAACUGGGCCUGGUGGACGUCCUGUCUUUCCACCACAACAUCCCAACUAUGGCAACACUCAGGCUCCCAUGAUGUACCAGCCUGACCAGUACGGGCAAACUGGAUACACUGGAAUGAACCAAAGUAGCAUGAUGGGCUCUAGCUCUCCCUACAGCCAAUCUGUGAAUAACAGCUCGAUAAUGACAAACCCUCAGACUACUUCAUACAACAUGGCAUCCAGCAUGGUGAACAACUCUUCAGCUUCAAUGGGUCUCGGAGCAGACAUGCUGGCACAGGCCGAUUCCAAACUUCAAGUACCUCAGAAAAUGGAUAUUAAAGAAGAAGGACCCCCUCCGACUGAGACCAAGUCUAAGAAAUCAAACUCUUCCACAACUGGUGACAAGAUAACCAGGUUGUAUGAGCUGGGGAGUGAACAGGAGCGCAAGAUGUGGAUAGACCGUUAUCUGUCCUUCAUGGAGGAAAGAGGAACACCAGUGACCACAUUACCUGCUGUGGGCAAAAAACCAUUGGAUCUUUAUCGACUUUAUGUCUGUGUUAAGGAAGUUGGUGGUUUGGCACAGGUUAACAAAAACAAAAAAUGGCGUGAACUGGCAACGACCCUGUGCGUAGGUACAUCAAGCAGUGCAGCUAGCUCACUAAAGAAACAAUAUAUUCAGUACCUUUUUGCCUUUGAAUGUAAGAUUGAACGUGGAGAAGAACCCCCUCCUGAGAUGUUCAGUUCUGCCGAAUCCAAAAAGCAGCCGAAAAUACAACCACCUUCUCCUGCAGGUUCAGGUUCCUUGCAAGGACCGCAGACACCUCAGUCCACAAGCAGCUCAUUGGCAGAAAGUGGAGAUUUGAAACCGCCAACCCCUGUCUCAACACCGCUUGGACAAAUGACACCUAUUCAGGGUAACAGCAGGAAUAAUGCAAUCAGUGUGCAGGAUCCCUUCUCCGACGUUAGUGAUCCAGCAUUCCAGAAAUGGGGCUCCAUGACCCCAAAUGCUCCAUACCAACAGGGGAUGAAUAUGCCUGAAAUGAUGAAUCGAAUGUCAUACGAACCCAAUAAGGAUCCCUUUGGUGGGAUGAGGAAAGUGCCUGGAAGUAAUGACCCUUUUAUGCCCCCUGGAGUAAUGCCUAACAGUGGGAUGCAGGAUCUGUACAACCGUACGCCAUCAGGAGGAAUGGUUAACUUGAACGUGGGUCAGCGCCAGCAGUAUGCGUACGGAUCCAGCUAUGAGCGAAGGCCUGAACAUGGAAUGGGUCCUGAAGGCAAUAUGGGGCCUCCAGGAGGUCAGUCUAACAUGAUGUCAUCAAACAGUGACACAAGCAUGUACUCACCAAACCGCUAUCCCACACAACAAAGGCAUGAUCCUUAUGGGCAACAGUACCCAGGCCAAGGUCCCCCCUCAGGACAGACAGCAUAUGGAGGCCAUCAGACAGGAAUUUAUCCACAGCAGCAGAACUAUAAGCGACCCAUGGAAGGCAUGUAUGGUCCUCCACCAAAGCGUCAUGAGAGUGACAUGUACAACAUGCAGUAUGGCAACCAACAGCAGGAAAUGUACAACCAAUAUGGAAACACUUACACUGGACCAGACAGGAGAUCCAUGCAAAACCAGUAUCCGUUAACAUACAAUAGAGAGAGAAUGCAGGGUCCAGGUCCAGUGCAGCAACAUGGAAUGCCACCACAAAUGAUGGGAGGACCAAUGCAAGUAUCCUCCACUGAAGGGCCACAGCAGGGCAUGUGGCAAUCACGGAAUGAUAUGCCUUACCCAUAUCCAAACAGGCAAGGCCCCGGAGCACCUCCGCAGGCAUCGCCAUAUGCAGGGAUGAAUCGCACUGAUGAAAUGGUAUUACCUGACCAGAGAAUGAACCAUGAAGGUCAAUGGCCUUCUCAUGUGAACCAGCGUCAGCCUUCAUACAUGUCUUCAGCUUCCAUGCCUCCUAUCUCACGGCCUCCUCAGUCCUCCUACCAGACUACUCCUUCAAUGCCAAACCACAUUUCCAGAGCACCAAGUCCAGCUCCCUUUCAGCGAUCUUUAGAAAACCGAAUGUCUCCCAACAAAUCUCCCUAUAUGUCGUCCAUGAAGAUGCAGAAGGUUGGCCCUCCAGUUCCAGCCUCACAGGUUGUUGUUCCACAACAACAGCAACCUCCAUUAAGGCGGGAAAUUACAUUCCCUCCCGGUUCAGUGGAAGCAUCACAACCAGUCUUAAAAGCAAGACGAAAGCUUACCUCAAAAGAUACUGGAACUCCAGAGGCAUGGAGAGUUAUGAUGUCCCUCAAAUCUGGUCUGUUGGCUGAAAGCACUUGGGCUCUGGACACCAUCAACAUCUUACUUUAUGAUGAUAGCACUGUAGCCACAUUCAACCUCUCCCAAUUGUCUGGUUUCUUGGAACUUCUGGUGGAAUAUUUCCGAAAAUGUUUGAGAGAAAUAUUUGGAAUUUUAAAAGAAUAUGAGGUUGGAGAUCCAGGUCAGAAGGCUCUCCUCGAUCCAGAUGCUUUUAAGAAAGAUUAUGUUAGCCAUACUGUGGAUGAUAUUAAGAAGGAGGAGGGUGAAGAACAGCUAGAUUAUGAUGAUGAUUACAAUGACUCUGAUAGUGAUGACACUGACGAAGAGGAAGAUGGCCAGUCUGGAAGUGAAGACAGCCGAGUCAACUUUGCAACAAAUGAUUCACAGGUUGGUGGUGAGAAACCUAAACAAGCCAGUAAAUUUGACAGACUGCCAUUGAAGAUUGUGAAGAAAAAGGAUCUUUUUGUAGUUGAUCGUACAAAUAAACUUGGUAGAGUUCAAGAAUUUGACAGUGGAUUGCUCCAUUGGAAGAUUGGUGGAGGUGACACAACAGAGCACAUUCAGACCCAUUUUGAGAGUAAAAUGAAAAUGCUAUCUCGCAAGAAGGUCCAGGCAUGCUUAAGCGGUCCAAGUAAAGAGAAAAAAACAAAAGAACAUGAGACCUUUGAAAACCUAAAUACAGAAGAGCAGCCAGAAAAGAGUAUCACAGCAACAAUAGAUGAUGUAUUGUCAGCACGGCCAGGAGCUCUACCAGAAGACAAUUCUAAUCGUUUGACUUCUGAAACAGGCAGCAGUAAGUUUCUAUUUGGUAUCCACCAAGCAAAAGCACACAGAAAUAUAAAGUUAUUGGAGGAUGAGCCUUGUAGCCGUGAUGAGAUUCCAUUGUGCACAAUCUCUGAUUGGCGGGACUCUUUGGCAAAACGUUGCAUAUGUGUGUCAAAUAUAGUUCGUAGCUUGUCGUUUGUGCCUGGGAAUGACGCUGAAAUGUCAAAGCACUCAGGCCUAAUACUUAUUUUGGGGAAGCUAAUUUUGCUUCAUCAUGAGCAUCCUGAAAGAAAGAGAACACCACGAACUUAUGAGAAAGAGGAAGAAGAGGACGAAGGGGUAGCCUGCAACAAAGAUGAAUGGUGGUGGGAUUGCCUUGAGGUUUUACGGGAGAACACGUUAGUUACUUUAGCCAACAUUUCCGGGCAGCUGGACCUGUCUGUAUACCCAGAAAGCAUUUGUUUGCCAAUUUUGGAUGGCUUGCUACACUGGAUGGUCUGCCCUUCAGCGGAAGCGCAGGAUCCUUUCCCAACAGUGGGACCUAAUUCAGUGCUGUCACCACAGAGACUUGUGUUGGAGACUUUAUGUAAACUCAGCAUUCAGGACAAUAAUGUAGAUCUCAUUCUGGCAACACCCCCUUUCAGCCGUCAGGAGAAAUUAUAUGCUACUUUGGUUAGGUACGUGGGAGACCGAAGAAUUUCAGUGUGCCGAGAAAUGUCCGUUGCUUUGUUGUCAAACUUUGCCCAGGGGGACACAUUGGUGGCUAGAGCUAUCGCUGUGCAAAAAGGAAGCAUCAGCAAUCUGAUCAGCUUCCUUGAGGAUGGCCUUACUGUGGCCCAACUUCAGCACAGUCAGCCGAAUUUGAUGCACAUGCAGCCUCCACCUAUUGAACCAACCAGUGUGCACAUGAUGUGUCGAGCAGCCAAGGCUUUGCUUGCCAUGGCUAGGAUAGAAGAGAAUCGCUCAGAAUUUGUUUUAUAUGAGGGCCGCUUGCUAGAUAUUUCUAUAUCAUCUGUUCUGAACUCUAUGGUUGCAUCUGUCAUUUGUGAUACACUGUUCAUGAUUGGUCAAUUAUGACAGAAGUGGGAAGCCAAGCAUGUGUGAGUGGAGACAAAAGAAUUACAUUUGAUUGACCACUUCUGUUAUUUAUCCAACAACAAAAAGCAUCUUUGCUCCUCUGCCCCAUUUACUAAAUUGGGCUUUAAAAAGGUAGUCAAUUUGGUCAAAUAUAAGAUGGAAAUAAAUAUUUGCUGUCUAUGUGUAAGUACUUUUUAAAACAUUUUUUUAACCAAAGUUGCUGUCUAGUACAGUGGGGGUCAUCUUUAUCCCUAGAUUCCCUUUGGGUGUUUCUUUCAUGUUUGUAUGAUAUUUUUGGAAGCGAAAAAGGUGAAUUUUGAAAUGUGGCAAACAUUGUACAAUUAAAUAUUCUUUACCACUUAAAAAAAUAUGAAAAAGUUAAAAAAAGCGCCAGAAUAAUUUUGAUGUACACACCACAGAAAGCUCUGUGCAAUAGAACUUAGUGAUCUAGGUGUAGGGGAUCAAAAAACAGGUGUGCAUUAGUCCAAACACGGAAAUCAAAAUGCAUUAGUCUAGCAGCAAAUAAACUGUUGACCUGGGUUGCGGGGAGGGAGAGAAAGCGAUACACUCAAUUGCUUCCUCACAAUACUGUCAUUCAUACCUUCCUUGACCUUCCACAGUAUGACAGUCCUCAGCCAUUUCUUGCUUCACUCAGUUCAUCCUUUGAUUUUUUUUUUCCACAGCCAAAAGGCUGUACUGUAUAUAGAAGUUGUACAUUGCACAUACCCUCAAACUAUUUCUGUUGUGUUUGUUUUUUGUUUCUUUUAGGAUGAGGUUUACAGUUUUUCUCUCUCCAUGAUGUGGUAAGGUUUAAAGAAAGUGGUAGAUUUUAAUUAUUUUUUUUAUUAUAUAUUUUGGCCAUAUCUCCAAUGAGGGUGAUGUACAAGUUUCUGUAUGUAUAAAGUCAUGCUCUAUUUCAAGGAGAGCAGCUGAUCACAUUUUGCUUCAUAAUCAAGGUGUGGAAAAGGUUAAGUACAGGUAUUGAUCAGAAAUUUUAAAAAAAAUGAAGAAACACAAUUUCAAAAAUUUUUCAGUGCGAAUCAGCAUAUUUGUAUUUCAAGAUAAUGUAGUUAAAACUUGAUGUAAAUUCCUCCUUUUCCUCUGGCUUAAUGAAUAUCAUUUAUUCAGUAUAAAAUCUUUAUACUAUAUGUUCCACAUGUUAAGAAUAAAUGUACAUUAAAUCUUAAGUGCUGUGAUGAUUGUUCUUGAAUAUUUUUUUAAAUGAUGUAAGUGCUUUGAAAGUUUCCAUGAGCACUACUGGAAUUGAAUCUUAUGGUGAAAAAAAUGUAUCAAUGCUGCAGAGUAGUUACCAGAGCUUACUAUCUGUCAGUGCUGUAACUCCCUGUAGAUUAUAAUGCAUCACAGGUUCCAGACAAUGUGUAUGCUUACCUUAAAAUACAGGAUAAUGUAAAGAGAGAUAAAUAACUGUUUGUCUGACCUCAGUGUCUGGACUGUGAUGCAGCCUUUCUUUCAAUUGUUUUUAUUUUACCUGGUGUACAGUUUUGCAUUAUUUAUGGAAGUUUUUAAUUUACAGUGACUUGCAUCAGAAGUUUGACAUUCAGAAGUGCUUCACCUUUCUGCUGUGCUUGAGUGCCUACGUCACAAUCCUGUGCAUAUAACAAAUGUUCAUAUUGAUUAUUCAUUUAGUAGGAAAGUAUUACCAAGUAAUGGGAGAUUGGGCUUUUAAGCAACAUGUAUAUCAUGUCAAUAAAAGGACCAAACAUUCCAUUGGUAAGAGGGUUCACUAACAAGCAGGGAUUGUUAAGAUUCACUUGUACUUGCCAAUCUUCAUUAUAAUCAAAAAUAUUAGUGAGUUUAACUUUAUAUUAAGCAAGAUUCCAUGAUGCGGGUUCAUUGGCUGAGCAAUUCUUUUUAAUGAGCAACUAGAAUUCUGUAUUUCUCCCAGUUGUCCCAUCAAGGACACCCACGAGAUCUUGACUGUCCUUGGUAAUCUUUUUAUUCCAAUUGGAAACAUUAGGAGAUCGGCUUUAAAGCCACAGGAAGUUUCUAAACGUAAUCCACAAAUAAAUAAAACCUUACCAGCACACUCUCAAUCCAGAAUAUUAUCUGCAGCUUCAAGAAAUACUUGAUCCGAAGUGGUUAAAGUGGCAUUGCCCAUUGAACCUUUUAAAAAGUACUCAAAACAAAUGGUGCUCAAGCAUUUUUUUUUAAACUUGGUUUUUGGUCAUGCUAUGUACUUGAUAAAGCAGGGGUUUUGAAAGAUCAAAUAACGAGCCUGUAAAUAUAAUACUGCUGACAUACUUAUGCAGCAAUGGUUUUGUUGGUUAGUGUUGGCUGUCUGACCCUGUGCUGGAGACAGUGGCAGUUCACAUGUAUCUAAAAGCCCCUUCAAGGAAUCAAGUGAAUGGCAUUUUGAUGGUACAUAUUAGUGGGGGGGCUGAUUUGGUGCUGGCAUGGCUGAGUCCCAUGUUGCACUAGAGUAGGCAAGUGUUUUUUCUAAACAAUAUUAAAACUUAAUGUUGCCUUUUAAUAUCAACAUUUCAUACUGUCUGUUUAAUGUAUGAAUGCAGGACUGAUGUAACAUUUUAUCAGUAUAGAGCAGGAUAUGAAUCCUGCUUGAUCUGGUUCAGAUUAUAGAGCCUGUAAAUAAAAGUACUUUUGUAGCACAAAA